GUGAUCACAUGAUAUGACACAGCGGCUACUUCCUGGAUAGGCUGCUAGCUUGCCAACACCAAAACGUUCACGGGUACUACGAGUACUGUCCUCCAAGAUGCUCGCCCUAAUAAACAGGCUUUUGGACUGGUUCCGGUCUCUAUUCUGGAAAGAGGAGAUGGAGCUUACAUUAGUGGGACUUCAGUAUUCCGGAAAAACUACAUUCGUCAAUGUGAUCGCAUCAGGCCAAUUCAGUGAAGACAUGAUACCCACAGUUGGGUUCAACAUGCGGAAAGUUACAAAAGGCAAUGUGACAAUAAAGAUAUGGGACAUAGGAGGACAGCCCCGCUUCAGAAGCAUGUGGGAGCGCUACUGCAGAGGAGUCAAUGCAAUUGUUUACAUGGUUGAUGCAGCAGAUCGAGACAAGAUAGAAGCUUCCAGAAAUGAAUUGCACAACCUUUUAGACAAACCACAACUACAAGGAAUUCCAGUUCUAGUUCUUGGCAACAAAAGAGACCUCCCAAAUGCACUUGAUGAGAAGCAGCUCAUUGAAAAAAUGAACCUGUCUGCCAUCCAGGACAGAGAGAUCUGCUGCUACUCUGUCUCCUGCAAAGAGAAAGACAACAUAGAUAUCACACUGCAAUGGCUCAUCCAGCAUUCGAAGUCUCGGAGAAGCUGAAAGUGAAGCCCGCAGUCGCAGCUUCAGUCUCAGCCCCUUAUGGUCACGGGUCCUUGACACUCAUCCCUUCCACUGCCUCUGUGAUGUAAUCCAGCUCUCUGUGCUCAUGACCAUCAUCAUCCGCACCAACCAAGUACACUACUAUAGCUGUGCACGUCUGCACUGCCGCCACUUCAAUGCCUUGCAGUGCUGAAAAGUUAACACCCAUCAUGCCUUACCGUGCGCCGUUACAGAGCUGGUCUGUUUUUGUACGUCAUGGAGGUUUUUUUUUUUAUUUUUUUUUUUUUAAAGUGGGUUCUAAUAAUAUUGCAGUGUGCAGUUCCCCUAGAUACACUUUGGAUGGAGCUCCUCAGAUCUUAUAAUCAGACCUCAGUUGUUCUGUUGCCUGUUUGCAUUUGGUGUUUGUGUGAUAUCACGAUUGUUGUUUUUAACAGCUGUUUGCCAAAUGAUGAUGGUUGCUUGCUCUCACGCCUGAUAAACUCUUGUAGCCUGCAUUUUAUUUGCUGUCAGAUUUGUGUGAAGUUUACACAUAAAAAUGAAUAGAAAGUCAGACUGUGAGUGAUUGUUGUGUCUGAAGCUAAAUCCUAAGAUAGGUCAGCAGAGUUUCUAAGUGCCUUUUGGCUCAGUGAGUGUACCAGUCAUACAGUUAUUACCCAACGUCACUUUGAACCCGCUAUUAUAAAACGCUGGUACAGACGCACCAUAAAUCUCUUCAUUACACUUGAUGCCACGUUUUGACAAUCUUGUUUUAUGUGAUGUAAUUGUGUAAACACACUGGCUGAGGAAAAAUCGGCACUGUAUUGAUGGAAAUACUAGGUGGUGAUUAUGGCAGCCGUAAUGGAAAAAUAAGAAGCUGUUACACUUGUGGAGUUGAUGGCGGUUUGAAUGCUGUUUCACUUGUAGCUAGUGAGUAUUUUAUGUUGCUUGAACUGUAGUCUCACCAUUGCUUGCAGCUCUCAGGUUGUUUAAAGGAUUUUUAAAAUUGUGAACACUGUAUGGAUGUGUCUGCCUUUCUGUUUUGUAAUCUUUUUUUUUCUGUUGUUAUAUACAUAAUCAAGUUGGGUGGUGGUACGCUGGUGUUAGUCAUGACUGAGCUGAAUGAGCCCAUCCGUUCAAAGCGUAGGGUGCCACGCCCUGCUGUUUGUCGAGUUUUAACAGUGGAAGUACAAAAGCUCUGUCCUCCCAAAAACAUCCAGUGGCACAAUGAUGAGUUCUCUCAACAACAAGAUCUCUCAUUGGUUUGACCACUGGUAGAAUAGUUGUGGUCAUGAAUUAUGUAAUUUUGGGGUGGGGGGGAAUCAGUGUUUUCCAUAUCAAAAUUAGUAAAAUCUCCUUUAAGCUCACACACACACGCAAACAAACAACUGCACAAGGAGACUAGUGAUGAACGUCAUCACCGUUUCUCUAAUCACAGCCACCGAAGCCAGUAACUCAUGUUGUCUUGGUGGCUUUCCUCACUCGUCUCCUUGCACAUUUACUUAGAUUUUUUUUUUUUUUUUUUAUGAACUGCCUACUCCAGGCAGUUUUACGUACUGUUUGUAUUUCUUAAUAAUUGAUGGAAAUGAAGUCAAAGACAUAUUCAGUGACUUAGAAAUGUUCAUGUAUUCUUCCCCUAACUUGUCAAAAGGAAACUGGUAAAGUGAUGAUUUAGUUGUUACACUAAAGGGCACCAUCACUUAUGCAAGCCAUUAUUUUACUUUUGGUGUUGUUUAAUUUAUGUUAUUAUGAAAAUUGGUUUUUGGAGUGAGUUUAAAAGUAGUAAUAUUACAAAAUUUAAUGUAGAGAAGCUAGAAUUUUUUAUCUGAAUGGCAUAAAGAAAUUAAAAUGUGUCCAACCCAAAGGGUAUAAUGACUUUCUAUAUCCACUGUAUAUAUUAAUCUGCCCCUCACAGUUUGUUUUUUCAGCAGUAUCAAAUCCAGAUGGAUUCUCUGUAAAUCCAGUAUGAAGGCUGGCAUGGCUUCUACUUCUGCAUUAUUCUCAUCUUCAAAUCCACCACAGACUGUUUUGUCUCAGUGCCGUUUUGUGACUAUUUGUGAUCGCUGUAAUCUGAAUUAUUGGCUUGAUUGUUGGGACCACAGCAGCAGUGAGGGGCUGGAAUAAUUGGGGAAUGAUUUGUUUACUUGUGUUAAUAAUAAUAUAACCCUAUUUGCAAUUUGUAUGUGCAUGUGCUUAGCUUAAUCACAUUCAAUUGCAGAGUUGUAAAUAAAAGGUUAGCAUUUUUAUUCCAACAAACGCUCCUGUAGAUGUCAUGCAUUAUCUUCCUGUGAUUGCUAAUAAAUGUAUUAUUUUUAAGGAUUUGAA